UUCUGUUUUCUUAGUGUUACACCUAUUAUUUGCAUCAAUUGUUUAAUUUUUAAACAUUAAUUUUGUCUUUGCGAAAAUUUUAAGAAACGUCACUUCACGAAAAUAAAUCUGCGCUAAAAUUAAUUCUAAAAAAAUUGUAGGUGUUAAAGAAAAUGAUCUGUCGGAUAUGAGCAUGUUCAUUAAAGGCUGCUCCAAUAAACAGGCCUAAAAGAUUAAAAUUUGAAAGGUACUAGUAGAUCCGCAGCAAUAAUUCUUUACAAAAAGCUUAUAAAAUGAUUCUUUGACAAAAAAAUCUUCAGCUACUGAUUCGUGAAUAUUUAAUUGCUUAAAAUGCAUUUUUUUUGACCUUGCAAAAAAGAAUUUAAAGUCAGAUAGUACUUAUACUCUAUUUUACCUCCAUCCUAGACAAUAAAACUUAAAGUCUUCAUUAUCCUUUGUUUGCUUAUUUCCAUAUAUAAAUUAAAAAAUAAUAUAGAUAUGAACUUAGAAGAAACAGAAUUACAUUCUGACCGGUUGAUUUUAAAACGAACCAACCCUCAACUCCAUGCAAAGGAGAUCAAUGCAGUAGUGUGUGAUUCCAUUGAAACUCUGUCACCGUGGCUCCCGUGGGCAAAAGAGAAGCCAACUGUAGAAGAAACUCGAAAGGGACUUGAACGAGUAUGCGCAGACAGUUGCCAUUAUGCAUUCCGAUUAUACUUAAAACCAAAUAUGGAUUUAAUUGGCAUGACAGGGAUUAUGUUAAUGGAAAAUGACAAUAAAAAUGGUAGUUCAAGCUAUGAAAUUGGAUAUUGGAUUCACAAGAACUAUGUUAGAAAGGGAUACAUUUCUGAAGCUGUUUCAUGUGUGUUGACAUUUGCUGUUGACUGUUUACAUGCGGACCUGUUUAAAAUAGUUUGUAAUGAAAAAAAUAUUGCCAGUCAGAAAGUAGCUGCAAAACUUGGUUUUUCAAUGUUUGGCACUCGUAGAGACUCAUCUUCGUUGCGACCAGAAUGGGGUGAAUACACUGUAGUGAUUUAUCAAAAGCAUGUCAGAUGAGUGGAUCAGAUACUUUUUAAAAAUGACAAGAAUAGUGGUAGAUAAAUAAACACAGGAAAAAAUCUUUAAAAAUAUUUUAAAGGCAUACGUUCGUUGUAAUAUUAUUACAACAUACAUGAACAAAAUAUAAUGAAAUAGGACAGGUAAUUUGGAGUUGACUUAGGAUCUUAGGUUAUUUCAAUUAAUUUAUACCCUUAAAACAUGCUAAUUGCUGGUCAUGUUUGAAAAAUCAGGCAAAAACUGCCUUUGUUUCAUUAAUUUUGUCCACAAUUGUAGUUAAAACAAAUCUUUCGAUUCUGAAGAAUAUUUAAAUGUAUGCUUAUAAUUUUUUCGUUAUUAUGGUAUUUUUUACAUGGUAGAAUGAAAUGUCAAUGAAAAAUAUAUGAUUUACCUAUUUUUUUAUUACUAUAUGUUCAGGCUUUUUACUCUCUUUGAACUUCAACCUCGACACUUUUUCCCACAUGUAGUUCCCAGUGCAUGAAGUAAGUAACAAGAAAUUUUACCAUUUUUGGAAUUCCUUCUUUGAAACUGGCUCUUUCUUCCCACUAACUGUAACUGUGUAACAUACAUUACCACCAGAGAUAUGCAUAGCAUUGCUCUAACUUGCUUGCCUGUCACACAAGCCAGUUUACCGUCAGUAGAUGACUUAUAAUAAGGCUACUAUUUUUCAAACGAUAUGUCUAUUGUUUUAACAAAGAAAUAAUGAUCAGUUUGGUAAACACAGCACUAAGUAAUAUGGCAAAAAAACUCAAAAAAAGUAAUUUUCCCUAAUAACUUUUGCAGUACCCAGAUUAAGAUUCAUUCGCACUAAUCAAUUUAGGCCAAUUCUUAUGAAUUCCAGAUUAUUUUAUUAUUUUUCACCAUGGAGCUGAAUUUCCAUUUAACAGGGAAACAAAACAGUUAAAAAAAAUACUAAAAUCUGAUUUGCUAUCUGCUAAUUAUUCUUUUUUUCAUAAUUUUUCCAUUCAUCUCUGCACGAAAAAUUGAAAUGAUUUUAACUUUCAGUUCAGAUAGAAUUCCCAUUUA